AUGACCGAAGCCGAACAGCGUCCACUGGAAGCGAAACGCAGUCGCAGUAAAAAGGUAGUGGCCCAGACUGGAAGUCAACCAGGAUAUGUUCGGCCAUAUCGAUGCACAGUUGCCUCCUGCACCAAAGCCUUCACACGUGCCGAGCACCUCAAAAGACAUCAACUUAAUCAUAACUCAGGGAAGGUUUGGAGGUGUAUUACGUGCUCGGUCACCUUUGUGCGAAAGGAUCUGUGGCAACGCCAUCUUAAAGUCUCCCAUGAGAAGAACGGUGUCUCUGCGCUAGAUGACUCCGCGAGGGCUGAGCCUAGUGAGACUGCCUCCUUUGGUGCUGCUUCAGAGGCGUGCACUUCCAUCGAAGGCUCUAGAUGGAAUUCCGACACUUCUAUCCCACUACUGGGCGAAUCUUUAAGAGACGCAUCGUUUCAACAUCCCAUAGAGGAAGGUGUGUCUGCAAAAAUGUCAGAUGAGUUUGAUGAAACUCCUGAGGUAUGCCAACCUGUGCCACGUGAUUCUCUCGGCCUCUGGACUACAGGUUUCGAAGAAUCUUGGAUACAGGAGAUGGAGGAAUGGCGAUCAGACUUCUGCACCCAUCAGAGUACACGGUUCACCGACACUGAUAUGCAGUGGUUCUUCGACAACCAGCAAUUAUUGGACUUAGAACCCGAGAAAGAUUCGGUGCAGGGUUCUCAAUCCUUUGAGUACUCGAAUCCAACACCACUCAGAGACAUAUCAACUAUUGCAGCAGAGAUUUACAAUGUCAACGGCCAGCUCCCGCCUGUGUAUCUACAAGAAUCGCAAUCGAAAAUCUUCGUGGCGAAGACAGGUGAAUUCGACCCUCCAAGCUGUGGGUUCCGAGUAUGCAACGGCCUUACGAACGAGCGCCGCAUCGAGCUCUUGAUGGAUUUACGCAACCUCUCGAAUGUUGAUCUCCGUGAUCCAAUAUUCUCUUUGAACAGCAUGAAACAGGGCAUCCACCUUUUCUGUCGCAAUGUGAACAUUGAAUAUGCUUUUGUUCAUCAUGAACUUAUAUGUCCUUCUUCACAAGAACACCGGCAGGCCAUCAUCGAUGUGUUUGGCGAGGAACCCGGCUCGCAGCUGAUUUGGGUAAUCAUAACACUGGGCUGGACAUUAAUGAGGAGUGACAAUAAUCAUGAAUAUCACAUGGCUUCUACGAUACAGCGUGUUAUCAGGACUUCCAUUAUCAAUCACCCUGGAUUGACGAACACACCUCCGUUAUGGAUAGUUCAAACAUUGUUCUUAGUGCUUUUGUUUGCGAGGUACCAAGGAACUCGAGAAGAAUAUGGGUUUGCCUCCAUGUUUCAUGGCGUUCUCAUUGAAGCGACGCGGCGCAUAGAUUAUAGAUGGGAUCGAGCGAGUAUCUCCUUGCAACCGAAGCAAGGCGUAUCCACACGAGUCUGGAUAAAAUGGAUAGAGACCGAGACAAUUAGAAGACUCAUCUUGCAGACAUUUGCGCUUGAUGUGAAGCAUGCGAUUUUACACGGUGGGGAGCUUUCAAUGACACCGUUCGAAUUAAACCUGCGACUCCCCUUUUCAGAGGACGCAUGGUAUGCUACAUCUGCCCCCGAGUGGGCUCAGCUUCUCAGCACCACCACAAACGAGCCAGUUUCAUUCUUGCCAAUGCUCAAGAAGUCUUGGAAUCCACCUUCAACUAAAAUCUUGACAGAAACACUCCCUCGUGGAGCAAACAUCAUUAUGUACGGCUUGGUAUCAAUAGCCCGUGAAUUAUCUCAUAGAGAACAUCACAGUCUCUCUACUCGUUCAAGUAAUACCCUUAUUUGGCUAGGUAACAAGACGAGACGCUCGUUCGAAAUAUGGGAAGCGUCGUGGAAGAAGGUUCCGGCUGACCUGGGCCUGAAGGCAUUUGCCUGGCGCGAUUGUCUUUGUGUGAUUCGACUUGCACAUACACUCUACGAAAUAAGUCCUAUGGACCUCCAGACAGUUGCAGGUAAAGAGGUCAUUGAAGGUAAGAGGCGGGGCGCUUCAGAUUAUGCACAGUCCAAGAGAAAACUACGUCUUUGGGCGAAGCACGAGCGUGCAUCACUGGGAGUAUUCCAUGCGGCUACUCUGAUUCAAGAGCGACUUAAUGGCGAGUCACCGAGCACCCAUUGUCACCACUGCUUAUGGAGUUUCUACCUGGCCUGCUUAAUUUGCUGGAACUUUGGAUUUGCGUUGACGAAGGCGACAACAGUCUCCGAUGACUUAGUGGCAGACGGAAAGAUCUUAUCGAUAGAAUUGGCUGAGAAAGAGUGCCGAGAUUAUCUCUUUGCUGCUGUCAACAUGCAUCAAGAAGCCGGCGAACACAACAUGCUGGCUCUCAGCCGUCCAGGCGGCAUGCUAAUUGUGGUCAUUGAGUUCUUGAAGGCUCGCUGUGAAGCGGGGAUCAUCGAGGAGAGCAUCGAGUGCUUGAACCGCCUCAGCGGGAUUUGUGGCUCGGAUUCGUGA